AUGGAUUUUGCUUGUGAUAUUUGUAAUAAAACCUUUACAACAAAAUACUCACUAGAGAGACAUAAAAAAAAUGUCCACAAGGAAGAAAAUAUUAUUUUUGAAAAAUCAUAUUUUUCAAAAUGUAAUAGCUGCAUUAACCUUAGUUUUAAAAAGAAAACUCUAUUGAUUGAUUAUUUAAAUUGUGAGCAUGGCAUGUCGAUCAAUAAGGAAAUUAAUCAAUUUAAUAAUUUAACAGAAUUUUAUAAUUGGAAAAUGAUACACGAAUUAGAAGAAAAAUGUAAAUAUGUACUUAAUACAGGGAAAAAAAAUUGUAAAGACGGUAGUAAAAGUUACUAUGAAUGUUGUCGUUCAGGCGCUUAUAAAGAGAAGGAUAAAAAAGAAAGAUCCACAAAAUCUCAAGGAACUAAAAAAAUAAACCUUAAUUGCACAAGUCUUACUAUAUUAUAA